AUGGAUGUAUACAGCAAAAGACACAUUGAAAGCAAUCAGCUCUAUAAACAACAUGAGCGAGCCAUUGACAGCAUACACAGUGCUAUACAGAGAGAAAUACCUCAUUUGAUUCAUGAAUUUGAUUUAUCAAUACAAGAGGUGCACGCAUUGAAUGAUUUCAUAGAUGAUAGAGCAACCUUGUUUCGAUUUCUACGCAAAAACAACUACUCAUUACCAACAGCUCUGUCUCUUUUGCUGGACACGAUACGCUGGAGAAUUAUUGCAGACAUUGACAACAUCAGAAUACCCUCAGUUGCAGAUGAUUUCUUGGAAGAGCCGUUGGUCUAUUUCCACAAAACAGACAAAGCCAAUCGUCCAAUUUUGAUGAUCAAUUUGGCUCAUUUACCGAAAGCACCAGCUGGAACUGAUGUGAGCGACUAUUUGACUCCACUGGUCAUUUUUGUGCUUGAAACAGCACGUUUGCUGCUGUGGGAUACAAGUCAAGAGAGAAUCAAGGCAAACAUAGAGCACCCAAUGGUAUUAGAGACACUUGUGCUGGUGGACUUUAAGGAUGCGAAUUCACUGCCCACAGACAUUGGCCUAUUAAAGUCAUUUGUUACACUGUUAAGGAGAUACCCCGGAAUGACAGGCACAGUGAAUUUGAUCAAUUUUGGCUGGAUGUAUCAAGGAUUAUGGCAAAUGUGUAAACUGGUGCUGUCGAAUGAAGCGAAAGCCAAAGUCAAUUUCCCUAAACUAAAAGAGUUGCCUGCACUAAUUGAAGAGCAAGACAUUGUGAUCGAUCUUGGUGGCAUGGAUACAUAUCAAUGGAGCUUGAGUACAGAUGCUUACUAUACAAAAUACAGACAUGGACUCUUACCAACACCGUCUAUCAGCAGACGCAGCUCGAGUUCGUCUGUAUACUAUGACACACACAACUCACCUUUACUCAGCAUGACAUCAACAGGCGAGAAAUUGACCAGGCCGCCAUCGUCAUUUAGUUUAUACAACACACCGCUAGCAUCAUUAUCACCUGUAGCUAGUCAUGCAAACUUGGCUAGUGUAGCAAAAGCUUACUCCGGCCUUUCACUGCAGUCUAAAUUAGGCAAUGGUAUGCCACCUCGGUUCCGUUCCACUAUCAAGCAACUGGGUGACAUGAUGGCCACGAGCUCCUCCCCACGACCUGCUGAAAACGAAGGCAUCUCAUCUUGGCUGCUGUCUGAAAAACUGCAGGCUAUCCAGAACAGUGGCAAUAACAGCAAUCCUAGAAGAUCGCCGAAUUGGUUCCUGAAUCUCUUCUUUAAAUUUGAAACCACCGCUCGACACAUUACAGUUCGACUGAUCAAAAAGAUGAUACGCUACAGAGGGACACUCUACUGGGUGGUUGCAUGCAUUUUACUGCGAAAUGGAGUGCAAGAACUGCUGCAACAUGUAUUCCUGAUAAUGAUGGAAAUCAUGUUCAAGCCAGCGGCAGGAAAUGCGGUUGGUAUGCGCAGUCUUCUCAGUCUCACAACGGGUCAAAUGACACUAUAA